GGCUUGGGGAAAAGUUGAACACCGGUUUGGGGGUGUCGACGUUCUUCUGGAAGAAUAUAAAGAGCAUGUAAAAGAUCAAUCGUGUAUUUGGACGUAACUAGCGUGUAGGUAUUGUAGUUAGUCCCCAUGGCUGUAAAAAUUAGAAGCAGGCUAACGUUGCACUGAGCUGCUCCACAAAGAGGAAGAUGUCCACGGCUAACGUUAGCGAAGACAUCCGAGUGAAGUUUCCCCUGCACUCAGCAGUGUGGGAGAAUGAUUACAGGAAGCUAGAGGAACAAAUAACGUUACCACAGAAUGACAUAGAGGCUGUGGAUCCCAGAGGUCGCACUCCUCUGCACCUGGCUGUGUCUCUUGGGCACCUGGAGUCAGUGAGGGUCCUUCUGAGACAUGGAGCUCAAGUGACUAAAGAAAACUCCCAUAAUUGGACAGUGCUGCAGGAGGCCGUCAGCACGGGAGAUCCAGAGAUGGUUCAGUUAGUGCUUCAACGCAGAGACUACCUCAAAGCCUCCACUGCUCUGGGAGGAGUGCCUGAGCUGCUGUCGAAGAUCAGAGAGUCUCCUGACUUCUAUAUGGAAAUGAAGUGGGAAUUCACCAGUUGGAUCCCUCUUCUGUCCCGGGUUUGUCCAAGUGAUGUUUGUCGCAUAUGGAAAAGUGGCGCCAGCCUUCGAGUGGAUGCCACUCUUCUUGGCUUUGAAAACAUGACAUGGAUCAGAGGGCGGAGGAGCUACAUCUUUAGAGGAGAUGAUUCCUGUGCAGAGCUGAUGGAGGUGAAUCAUGACGAUGAAGUAGUCGACACAGAGCGCUUCAACAUAUCCCAAGAAAUGGAUGACGUCACACUAGAAUCUAUGCAGCCAGCUGAACAGGAAGUUGCCAAAAGGUUAACCACUCCUAUUGUCAACACCUACCUGGACACCAAGGAUAUCGCUUUUGACAGGAACAAGUCUGGGAUUUGGGGCUGGAGGACUGACAGGACUGAAGUGGUCAAUGGAUUUGAAGCAAAGGUUUUUAGCGUGAAUAAUGUCAAUGUUGUAAUCAGGACGAGGACAGAGCAUCUUACGGAUGAAGAGAAAGCAAGGAUAAAGAGUGAAAGAAACAUCCUGGAGUCUCUGUUGGGGACUGUGGAGCAGCACAUAAGUGCACAGGGGGACCUGACUCUUGAGUAUGCCACUGCCACCAAUCCCACUGCCAUCACUCCAGAGGAGUACUUCGAUCCCAACUUUGACCUAGGGAACAGAGACAUCGGGCGACCCAUUGAGCUGAGCAUUCGAACACAGAAGUUCAAAGGUACUCUGUGGAUGAGUGAGGAACAUCCUCUGUCCCUGGUGGAGCAGGUGACCCCCAUUAUUGACCUCAUGGCUCGCACCAGUUCCCAUUUUGCACGGCUACGAGACUUUGUGACACUCAAGUUUCCUCCUGGGUUUCCUGUGAAAAUAGAGAUUCCACUUUUCCAUGUGCUUAAUGCCAGGAUCACAUUUGGUAAUGUGAAUAAAUGCAGUACUGAAGAGGAGGCCAACACAUCACCAGCAGCCACACCAACCUCUUCAGGAGAAGAAGAAGAAGCUGCAGCACUACCUCCAUUUCAAGUGUGUCCUUCAGUAUUCGAGGUGCCUACCAGUUACCACCAUCGAGGAGGCAACCGACACAUGCCAGUCUCCAACAACGACGAGGAGCUUUUGCAGUAUGCUAUCCAUCAGAGCCUCCUGGAGUCUCGUGGUAUCCCGAGCCAGGAAGGGAUGUUUGAUUACACUGAUGGGGACUUCACUGAUGCAAUGCCAAGCAGUCAAAGUGACAGGAGUGUCCCAGAGGGGGUGCUAGUGGAAUACGGAGAUACUUCCAGCCCUGCCAGCUCCCUCUCUGCCACCAGCCCUGACUCAGAUCUCCGCCUGGCUAUGGAGCUCUCUGCACGUGCUCAAGCUGAGGAAGAAAAGAUCAGAAAGCAGGAGGAAGAGGAGCUGGAGAGGAUACUGCAGCUGUCACUCACUGAGAAGUAAACGGGAUAAAGAGGGAAUAAAAAUAAAACUUUUUCCAGAUACAGGAGCAACCACCACACCUCAACUUUCCUCCCUAACCACUGUAGUCAUCUAUGCAACCGCAGAUUUCUUUCUGUAACUAAUCAUAACUGCAAUAUCAGACUUUCGGUAACCAAUAUUUCCAAAAGGUAUUUUUUGGUAAGAGCAUACUCCUUUCUAUAUUUCUAUCUCAGUAUAAGUGUGUCUCCAUCCUUUGGUGUUGUUUUUGGACUCUGUUGCAUAAUUGUGGACUUCUUUUAUUUAUUCCUUUUGAUUAUUUCCCAAAUCAGAGUUGUAACAGCAGCUCAUACUUUUCACACAGUUGCCCUACAGGGGCCAGAUUGGUGUAUUUAAGGUUCUAUCUGCAAAAAUGUUUGACUUUUCAAGAGGACAUCACAUAGUGCCAGCACUCACAUAAGGUCCAGAGCACUGUUAUUUGUUCUUUUCCUGGUACCUGCUUGAGUCUCGAUUAGUAGAAAAGAUCAAAUGAAAAGAACCUAGCAUAAUAAAAAAAAAAAUUCUAGUACAACAGGCCUAAAGGGACAGAGUGAGUGUUAUUACUGUGAGGUCUUCUUACAGUCAUGUUGAGAACAGUGAGCUCACAGAAUAACAGAAAUCUCAGGGGUCAUCUUUAACAUGUUUUCCCUCACUUUAAUUUGUUAAUAAUUUAUAAAACUAUCAGAAAUUGUAGCCUGAUAAAUGCCUCUAGGGAGAGACUCAUGCAUAUCAUCAUCUGCCAUGUUAAUAUUAAUCCAGAAAGUUUGGUUUAUUGAGUUUAAAGUUCAUAAGUACGUUUUUGUGUUAUGUGAAUGUACACUCGGCAGAUGGGAAAACAAAAGCAUGUUGCUAAAGCAAACUAUAAAACUGCAUGGGAACGUUCAAGCUUUGCUGCAACAAGGACGUUAGUGAACAUUUUUCGCUUUUUUUAUGCCAAGAAAGGAUGUAUUUUUGUCACUGAGCAACCUCAGUGCAAAAGGCUUCAGCAGUGACAAGAGCUUCUGUGGAUUCAAAGCUCCAGUGAAAAGGAAGUAAACAGCGAAACCAGUGCUGCAGAGAUUACCCAGAAUCCCUAAAGGCAGUGCGUUUGCCUUUUGUAGCCAUGAACAACUCCACACCUCAAAACAGAAGAGGACAAAGCAUGCUCGCCAUAUGAAGAGAAGGUUUCUUCAGCAUGUGCCAAGGGAAAGCAUUGUCCAGACAAAAGGUGGUGACUUUUCUCUGUGGUGCCACUCAGACUUCACUUUUGAAAAGAUUUCUUUUUUUUUUUAAUUUUGUAAUUUUUAAAACAAAGUGAAAAGGCUCCAGUGUGAUGCUGAGGUACACGUGUUAACCACUAUACAACAUACUGAUCACUGAUCAUCGACCACUCAUCAGUAGUAUCUCUGCGAUGAUGCGUCUGACUGUCAGGAGCUUCAGCUAAACUAAAGCUAAUGACUUAACAAUUGACUUUAAGAAGGCUAGCUUUGGUUGAUUACAGCAGAUCUUUGUUACUGCGCUGUUCCAGUUGAAAUUGUUUUUUUUUUAUGUUGAAAUUCUAAAAAAAGAAAAAAAGGCUUUUUUAAUGUGUCUAAAAUAAAAGCACUUUAU